GGAAACACAGUAAAAUAUUACAAUUUACAUAAAUUGGCACCUGGGAUCCGAAUAUCAGAUAACCUCUCUCCUAAUGAUUAGUCAUGUCCUCUUAUCUCCAUGUCCCCUCGGCCGGCCUAUAUUUCCUUCUCUCUGUUCAACCACCCCACACAGUUUGAAGACACGUAUUCAAGUUUGAUAUUAUAAUCAUUGAAAUGGGUCAAACCCAUAAAGAAAAUGUUAAACACAUAUGACUUAUGAGUGAAAAAUCGAAUCUUUGCACGAAUUGCCGCCUUUAUUUUUCAGUAAGAAACCGGGCACUUUAAUACUUUAUAUUGUUAUAAUUUACACGUAUGGUGAACUACAAAAAUAUGUGAAGUCUAAGUAAAGUAUGAUCCAUACUGUUGCUUUGUUGUUGGGCUUUUUUUAUAUACACGAAAAGCAUAAUGCGAGGUUGUAAAGAUGGCGUCUUUAUGGGUCAUGAUUGUUGUUUUUUCCUGUUACCAAAGGUUGACUCGGCAAACUCAGUUUUCUUUUUUGUUUUUAAUUUUGUGGCAAACUGGGUAUCUGUGGUUGAUAUGGUUGGUAGGCUUCCAUUUAGAAGAAAUUUAUUUAUUUACUUAAAUAAUAAUUAAUGAUGUGAUGAGCUGUGGGCAUCAUAAUGUCAGGGAUUCUGUAGUUUGUAAUCAAUUGAAUUGAAGUGGGUAAAAUUUUGGUUUCGAGGGAAAGAAAAAAAAGAGAGGGAAUUUAUAUUCAAUUGUUGGGCAUUUAUUAUAGAGAACCAGAACUCAAUUGAAUAGACUAUUUGCUUUAAAAGAAUCGGAGUGAAUAUUUUCCAGAAAGGAAGAGGCUACUGAGGUUUGAAAGGUCGGGCUCCGGAUGGCCCCUGCAGCUAAAAGUACUGGAUUUUAUUGCGAAGGAAAUGAAUGGUUCUGCAAUUCGAGUCUGCCGAGUGAUAUCAUAGUGGUGGUGGAUGGAGUAAGCUUUCAUCUUCACAAGUUUCCUCUUCUAUCUAGGUGCGGGAGGAUAGCAAACAUUGUUGAAGAAACGCAGAUUACCAACAAGAAGACUAUCAUGGUUAAUCUUGAAGAAUUCCCCUGUCAAUCUGACACAUUUUUGGCUAUAGUUAAAUUUUGUUAUGGUGGUCGAGUAGAAUUGACACCAAGGAAUGUGGUAAUGGUGUAUUGUGCUGCAGAUUACCUCGAUAUGACAGAUGAUUAUGGAGAAGAUAAUUUGUUGUCCAAGUCAGAGAGUUUCUUCCACAAACAGGUUCUCCAAAACUGGAAGGACUGCAUUUUGGCUCUCCGAAGCUGUGAACCAGUUAUUUCAAGAGCAGAAAAGCUUCAUAUAGUUGGUAGAUGUCUGAACGCUUUAUCUGUUAUGGUCUGUACUGACACCACUCUGUUCGGAUGGCCUAUGAUGAUGUAUGGUAGUUUACAGAGCCCAGGAGGUAGCAUCCUGUGGAAUGGGAUAAACACCGGUGCAAGAAUCCAUAGCAUAGAAUCCGACUGGUGGUUCGAAGACAUCUCAUAUCUAAAUGUGGCGUUGUUUGAGAGACUAAUUCAGUCGAUGGCGGCCAGAGGAAUACGACCCGAAAAUUUAUCUGGAGCUAUAAUGUAUUAUUGCAAAAAGUAUCUUCCUGGGUUGGGCCGUUGGCAGGGUGGACAAAGCGGCAUACCCAGAUCGGUUGCUAGUUUUAGCUUGACGCCUGCUGCCGUUGACCAGAGAGUUCUCUUGGAAAGUGUUGUGAAACUGCUGCCUGAAAAGCAGGGAAAAUCUUUUUGUCGUUUUCUGUUGGGACUUCUACGUGUUGCAUUGAUAUUGGGGGUUAAUCAUACAUGCCAGGACUCUUUGGAAAGGAGAAUAGGGACGCAGCUAGAACUUGCAACCCUUGAUUGUCUACUUAUACCUAGUUACUCAGAUUCCGAUACUUUAUACAACACUGAUUGCGUUGAGAGGAUGAUUAAUCAUUUUGUAUCUUCUGAACCAAAAGUAACUUCUGUUUCUCCAACAUCGUUGAACCUAGAAUCAUCACCAUCAUCUGGACGGUUGAAGAGAGUUGCUAGAUUGGUAGAUAACUAUAUUGCGGAAGUUGCUUCUGAUGUGAACUUGAAGCUUGGACAGAUACGUACAUUGGCAGAAGCCUUGCCAGAACCUUCAAGAUCUUUGCACGAUGGACUCUACCGAGCACUGGAUAUAUACUUUAAGGUGAUCUCUGAGGUUACAGUUCUCCUUGGUUGA